AUGCGGCGGCGGGGGCGGGCACGGCCGUGCGGUGGAUGACCAUCUCCUGCCCGCCGCUGUGCACGUCGCUGAGCUGCUCCAGCACGGCGAUGCUGCGGGCCGUGCUCACCGACACCCGGUGGUCCUCCGACCAGGCCAGCGGCUCCAGCCCGCUGACGCCGUGCUGCAGCCGCACCGCCGGCUCCCGCCGCACCGCCGUCAGCCGGAACCCGGCGCUGGGCGCCGCCGCCGCCGCCUCCUCCACCAGCGAGUCGAGCCCCAGCGGCGGCUCCUCCUCCCCCGCCGCCAGUGAGGGGCUGCCCCCGCGCUCCGCCGCCGCCAUCUUGCCGCCGCCGCUCGGGCCGCUCGGGCCGCCCCGCGCAUGCGCCGCCGCCGCGCCGAAGCCCCCGGCCGCCCCGGCGGGGCUGCCCCGCCGCUGCCUGCGCCGCCCCGCGGGCCCGGCGCCGCGGCCGGAAGGGUCGGGACCCCCCCUCGCCGGGUCCCUGCAGCGGGGGCCCCGGGCCAACAGCCGUGCUCGUGCGAGGGGGCCCCUCCGCCUCCCUUCCGCCCUCACGGGCUGGGCCCGGCCCGAGGGGCGGCCCCGGGGCCCUGCGGGAGGCGGCGGGGGGGCCAUGGCGGCGGCCGGGCCGCUGCUGCUCAACCUGCGCUCGGCGCCGCGGGGACGCGGGCCCGCUGCCGCCAGCCGGCAGUCUACCACUCUGAAAAGAAAGCUCCAGUCACCGCAUGGAAACCCACCUUUGAAACGGAAAUGUAAGCCAUCAGUAAGCGCCUUCCAGAAAUGUCCUGUAGAAGCUGACAUCAGGGAGAAGGAAAGUUCCUCACAGAAAUCUCUUCCUAAGAAGCAGUUGACUGACAAGCGAAAUAAAAGCCAGAAAAGCAAACCUUCCAUUAAGACGUCCAGCCUGUUCAAAAACAACCCUGAGAUCCCAGAAGUUCACAGAAAAGCAGUGCGGCAAGUGCAAGAAAAUGUUUUCACUAAGGAUUCUUUUAGCCAGUUGGACCUCCAUCCGCAUCUGAUCUCCACAAUAAACACAGUCCUAAAGAUAAGUAGCAUGACCAGUGUUCAGAAGCAAACAAUUCCUGUGCUCCUGCAAGGCAAAGAUGCUCUAGUGAGAUCUCAGACUGGUUCAGGUAAAACUCUUGCCUAUGGGAUUCCACUUGUGCAGUCUUUGCAAGGAAUGGAAUCCAAAAUAAAGCGCAGUGAUGGGCCUUACGCACUCAUAUUAGUCCCAACAAGAGAGCUUGCACUCCAAAGUUUUGAUAUAAUGCAGAAACUACUUAAGCCAUUUGCCUGGAUUGUGCCUGGAGUGCUAAUGGGGGGAGAAAAGAGAAAAUCUGAAAAAGCCAGAUUACGUAAAGGGAUAAAUAUCCUCAUUUCAACUCCUGGUCGCCUGGUUGAUCACAUCAAGUCCACAGAAUGUAUUCAUUUCCGACGCACUCAGUGGCUGAUUAUUGAUGAAGCAGACAGGAUCCUGGACCUGGGCUUUGAGAAGGAUGUAGCUGUGAUACUCAAUGCUUUAAAUGCUGGGAGAGACACACGUCAGAAUGUCCUGCUCUCAGCCACCCUCACAGAAGGAGUGACACGACUGGCCGAUAUCAGUUUGAAUGAUCCCAUCAGCAUUUCCAUAGCAGAUGAAAUCCAGAAGGCAUUCCAACCAGCAUCACAAAUAGAAAGACAAGCCAGUAGUUCAUCAAACUGCAUGGAGCAGGAAAACUUUGCUGUUCCAGAGAAGCUCAAGCAGUAUGUCAUGAUGGUUCCCAGCAAACUGAGGCUUGUCACAUUAGCAGCUUUUAUCCUUGAGAAAUGCAAGUUUGAAAAACACCACAAGAUGAUAAUCUUUUUCUCCAGCUGUGAACAAGUGGAAUUCUACCAUGAGCUCCUUCUAAAGGUCCUUUCAGGAGGGCUAAAGUUGGAGCAAUCUGAACGUUCAUCUGUCUCCUCUGCGCACUUACAGUUUCUACGACUGCAUGGCAACAUGGAACAGGAAGAAAGAACAGAGGUCUUUCAGGAGUUCCUAAAAUCCAAGACCGGCAUCUUGCUUUGCACUGAUGUUGCAGCACGUGGACUGGACCUGCCUCAAGUUACAUGGAUUGUGCAGUAUAACGCUCCGGCUUCACCUGCGGAAUACAUCCACCGGAUCGGGAGGACGGCUCGCAUUGGCUGUCACGGGAACAGCCUGCUUGUCCUGGCGCCUUCGGAGGCAGAAUAUGUCAGCUUGCUGGCUUCUCACAAGAUUAAUGUUUCAGAGAUGAAGAUGGAGAAGGUAUUACUCAGCCUGAUGAAAGAUGAUCGCUUCAAGCUGCACAGACCAAGAAGCAAGGCAUCUUUUCAUUGACUUCAGCAAGCUUUCGGUCUGUCUUCAAGUUGCUAAUUCACAGAAUUCAGUCAUUUGCAAUUGAUGUCUCCAGCGUUUCUGCAUUCUGGCAAAUUAAAUCCUCCAAGAACCCUCAUUUUGAAUGGAAGUCAAGAAUGUGUCAAGCAUGAUGCAGCAUGCUCUUUUUUUUUUCUCUUGUUGCUGUUUUGCCUGCUCGUUCUUUCUGUUAUACCAUGUAUGAGCCUUCUUGUUUCCUGCAGAUGACUGUUACAAACCGGGGUGUUCUUGGUAAACAUGUUUUUGAAAGAUGUUCAGUUUUCCUACAUGCCUUAUAUUUCAGAGAAAACCAGAUCUGUGGCUUACCUGAGAUACAGCUCUAUUUAAAGCCUUUUCCCACUACUGCACAGUUUUUCACUGAAAUCACCCUGUAAUGCCUAUAUUUUAAAUGCCUAGAACAUGCCUAGGAUAUGACCCCUUAACAUGUUCAGCAAAUAUGUAAAAGUUUAGUUGUGCUUUGCUAGUGCAGAAAUAAUUUUAAAUAGUUCUUCUGUGUAUAAAUACUUCCCUGUUCUCACAAAUGUGCUUGUAGGUAGGUAACUUUGGGGUUCCUUUAGGGAGUUUUUCAACAAUUACAUUUAUGCAGAAAUUGCACUUUAAAUUUGUUGCUGACGUGGGACAGAAUAUUAUCUGUUCUGGGCUUGAGGACAAAUGCUAUUUCAUGGAAAAUGGGCAAUAAAAAAAAAAGCA